UAAUGCAUCUUCUCUAUAAAUAUAACUAAAGUAUAUUCGAUGGCUUUCCCAUAGUGUUUCCCAGGUUUUCUGAUUCAAUCCACCACCAUCACAAUGCCUUAGCCCCGCCAAGAAGACUUUACAACUCGCUCGCUCGCUCUACCUUUCCACACCCACCAAGAAGUCCCACCCUCACUUCCACCCAAACCCCAGUAAAAAAACCCAUCAAUUCUUCUUCUACUCUCUCUCCCUUACCUCCUCCAACCUCCACCACCAUCACAAUGCCUUAGCCCCCACCAUACCACCACAAACACCGCCGCCGCCACCUCCUCCAAAUGGGAACUUGCACUUCAAAACCUCCCAAGCCCAACCUUAAUGCCCCAAAAGAUAUCAAUCCUCCACCCCAAACCCCAUCACAAAAUGAGCACCCUACCACACAAACUCGAACUGCAAAAUCCCCUCUCACAUCCUUGCCCAACUCCAAAGCUUCCCCUUUCUUCCCUUUCUACACCCCCAGUCCUUUCAAAAAAACACCUUUCAACCCCACCGCUUCCACUCCUCUUCGCUUUUUUAAGAAAUCCCUUGCUCGUCCCUCGCUCGCGAAGUACUUUAAAGCCGUGCUUCGUCGGCAAAACAAGAAGGAAAAAAGUGGGGUGGAACCAAAUUCCGAAGAGGGUGAUAAAAAUGAAGAAGCUGUGGAGUUGGAUAAAAGGUUUGGUUUUUCAAAAGAGUUUACUAGUAGAUUGGAAGUUGGAGAGGAAGUGGGGAGAGGGCAUUAUGGCUAUACUUGUUCUGCUAAGUUCAAGAAAGGUGCAAGAAAAGGCCAGCAAGUUGCUGUUAAAGUCAUACCUAAACCAAAGAUGACAACAGCUAUUGCAGUUGAGGAUGUCAGGAGGGAGGUCAGGAUAUUGAGGGGCUUGACAGGACAUAACAAUGUAGUACACUUCUAUGAUGCAUUUGAAGAUCUUGACAACGUCUAUAUAGUGAUGGAGCUAUGCAAAGGAGGGGAGCUCCUAGAUAGAAUACUUUCAAGGGGUGGGAAAUACUCAGAAGAUGAUGCGAAAGCUGUUAUGGUGCAGAUACUAAAUGUUAUUGCUUUUUGUCAUCUACAGGGUGUGGUGCACCGAGAUCUAAAUCUAGAGAACUUUCUAUAUACUUCUAAGGAGGAGAACUCUAAGCUGAAAGUUAUAGACUUUGGCUUAUCAGAUUUUGCCAGACCAGAUGAAAGACUUGAUGACAUUGUGGGAAGUAUAUGCUACGUGGCACCUGAAGUUCUACAUAGAUCUUAUAGCUUCGAGGCUGAUGUAUGGAGCAUAGGUGUGAUAGCAUAUAUUCUUUUGUGUGGUAGUCGUCCAUUUUGGGCCCGGACCGAGUCUGGAUUGUUUCUAGAAAUUUUGAAAGCUGAUCCCAGUUUUGAUGAAGCACCUUGGCUUGCUUUAUCUCUAGAAGCAAAAGACUUUGUUAAACGCCUAUUAAACAAGGAUCCAAGGAAACGAAUUACUGCUGCCCAGGCUUUGAGUCAUCCUUGGAUCCGGGAUUUUAAUGGUGUAAAAGUAAAUCUUGAUAUUUUGAUAUUCAAGCAUAUGAAGGCAUACAUGCGGUCAUCAUCUCUGCGUAAGGCUGCUUUAAAGGCAUUAUCUAAGACAUUGACUGUGGAUGAACUAUUUUAUCUGAAGGAACAAUUUGCAUCGCUAGAACCAAACGAAAGUGGCAGCAUCACCUUGGAAAACCUUAGGAUGGUCUUGAUGAAAAAUGCAACAAAUGCAAUGAAGGAUUCUCGCAUCCCUGAUUUUCUUUCCUCACUAAAUCCAUUUCAACACGGAAGAAUCGAUUUUGAAGAAUUUUGUGCAGCUGCUCUGAACGUCCAUCAGCUGGAGGCACAUGAUCAAUGGAAACAGCUAGCCCGUUCUGCAUAUGAGCUUUUUGAGAAGGAUGGAAACAGGGCACUUGUAAUUGAGGAGCUUGCUUCAGAACUUGGGCUUGGCCCCUCCAUCCCGGUUCAUGCUAUUCUCAAUGACUGGAUAAGUCAUGCUGAUGGGAAGCUAAGCUUCCAUGGGUUUGUCAAGUUGUUGCAUGGUACAUCCAGCCGAACCAUUGCAAAGGCACAGUGAAGAGUUAUUAUAUCUCUUUUCUGUUGGAUGUGCUUAUUAUUCUUUGCUUCCAGGACAAGAAAAAGGUGUGCUACAAUAACUAAGGUGCACCUCAACUGCUCACAUCAAUAGCAUAUCUGGAGCUUUGUUGAGCAUAACUUCUUGAGCACCAUUAAUAUGCAAACCUUAGCCCUCAUUCCAUUUCUGAGGAGUCUGAACCAUUCGGAACGUGAAUGACCGUGAAGUAUCACUGUCAUCAUGGUGUAAAGAUAUAGUUUAGGUUUUGCCCGAAUAGGCAAAGAAUAUUCCAUGUUCCCACAGUAGAUGCUUUACACAUUUCAAAUCUUGCUCCUAAUUAUUGCAGUUAAUACAUGGUUGUGUUUAUUUA